AUGGACAAUGGUUGGGAUGAUGAGAUAGUGACCUUUCAUAGCCACUUGAAAGCCUACCAGGAUUUUGGAGAAAGGCACAUCCUGGUAUUUGAGAGCUUGACGGGUUCUGGAAAGAGCCACUUACUUACAGAACUGGCCUACAUAGCCCAGGAUGCUGGCCAGAGUCUGGGGCUGUUGGGGAUCUCAGUCUCUUUUGCUUUGCGUGGCAGGGUAGUUGCAGUGGAACUGCUGGAGAUCAAUGUGAGGCAGCACUACACUGCCCUCCGUAAGAUAAUGGCCAGGGUCCUGGGCCUCCAGGACUGUGAACAGUGCAGUGACAUGGAGCAACGGCUGGAGACAGAGCUCCAAGGGAAGAAAGAGAGCAGAUAUUGCCUCCUCAAUGACCUUUUCACAGUCAAGUUUCCCAUCUCGAACGAGAUUGGCAAGAUGAAUGAAAAUGAAGGACUAGAAGAACAGUUUGCGACUUGGGAGAAAGUGCUAGAGAAGAUUCUUGGAGGAGAAUUUAGAAUAUUUCUCAUUGACAAUGACCAUUUAAUUGACCCUGCCUCCUGGAUUAUCAUGUCAAGAAUGCUCCAGAAAAUCCGAUUCAUGGUGAUAAGUUUAGCUCCAGGCUACGUAGGGACAGAGAAACUUACCAAAGUCACAGCAAACACCAGGAUCCAGACCUUCACCAUUCUUCACCUGUCUGAGCUGAACCUUUCAGCUGUGGUGCAGAAGGUCUGUGAUGCCCUUGGAGUAGUUGGCAUCUCCAGGGAUCUAGCGAGGUUCCUGAUGCAGAGAAGCUUGGGGAACCCAUAUUACUGUGAGGAGCUGCUGCGCUACCUUUGUUGCAAUGACUUGCUCUUGUUCCAGACCCUGAGGCAGGGUGAAACAGCAAAGGAGAAGUGGGAGAGCCUAAUCAUUUCUGCAGUCGAGGCUUUGCUCCUCACUGAAAUCUCGAGCUCCACAGCAGAGGAUGAUGGCAGGGUCUGCAUCAUCAGGCCAGACAUCAGCCUGGACAACAUGGUGCUGCCCACCACCCUGAAAGAGAUUGUGCUGGCUCAGCUGGACCAAUUAAGACCAGAGGAGCAGAUGAUCUUGAAGUUUGCAGCUGUCAUUGGCCUGUUUACUGCCCAGAUGCUGUCACACAUUGUUCCCGCUGCCGACAGGCACAAGGUGAAUUACCUGUUGGACACGCUGGUGAGAAAAAACAUCCUGAAGUGGCUGAAAAUCACAGAGGUGCCUGAAGACGCCCAAGAUCCUACCGAGGGGCCAGCCACCUCUGUGCAGGCAGAGGCUGGCGUGCAGAGUUCCUCUUUGAGCAUCAAGAUCAUGGUGCUGCAGCCUGGCAUCCUAGCCUUCUGUGAUCCGCUGCAGCGGGAGGUGGCCUACGAGCUGUGGCCCAAGAGACAACGGGUCACCGUGUACGGCAAGUGUGCCGCCCUCCUGGAGCAGUACGCAUACCAAUGCAAGAACUGCAGCCAUGGGGACUUUGUUCCCUUGCAACACUUCGGUGUCUCCAGCACCCAGGAUGGAGGGAGCUGUCAGGGUCCUGCUGACUUGGGCAACCCAGGCACCUGGGCGGCCUUGGUGCUGGCAGGAGAAGAGCUGCAGAGGAACAGGAUCCACAUCACUGAUGAUGAUUCUUUCCUGCAGAGUAGCACUGCAAAACCUGCACAGGAAAAACCACCACAGGGACUUGAAUGGUUUGCCUGUGGCAGGCGACAGGAAGCCCAGCUUGACUUAUUCUGCCAAACUGCAAAGCACUUGUAUUCGUCACGCCUGCCUGUGACGUCGUGCUCUGUGUUGAAGAAAGAGCUUUUGAUGCCACCUCUGUGGGCAGAAAGAGCAGGAUUCAUGAUGCCUGUGUAUCCUUUGCUCUCCUCUUCCCUUGGGAACGCUCCUCUGACUAGUGCGGCAGGGCAGCCCAGCAAGACCAACAGGAAGCACAACGGCAUAUGCUCGUGUGAAUGCGAAGCCAUCGUGGAAUCAGUGCUUGUGCCUUUGCCUCACCACUACCUGGCAAUGGGUGAUGCCUCCAGAGCCUUCUACUACCUUCUGGAGUGUGUGGCUGCCUACCUGCAUGUCUCCAACAACUACAUGGCCCUCAUGAAGCUGAAUGAAGCGGAGGUCCUGAGGAAGUCAUUAAAGGACCGAAAAGUGAUAGCCUGCUUUGACGAAGCCACCUUCUUCAGCCUCAAAGGGAAGGUCUGCUGUCAUAUAGGACACAGAAAGCUAGCAAAGAAAACUAUCAGAAAGGCUUUGAGCCUGCUCAAAAGGCAGUUUCCCCGGACCUCCGUUGAAGCCUUUGUUACGUCUCAGAUAGAGAAAUUGCAGUGGCCAGCUUAUACUGCCAGGAGAGCAUCCUGCCUUCCAGAGGAUGCCCGGAAGAAAAAACUAGCCUGGCUGCCGCUGCAGAACUUCUGCCUUUCCUUACUGGACCACCUCUACAGCCUGGAGAACACUUCCAGUGGAUGGACGUUCUCCCACCUGGCAGCAUUCAUGAAGGCCAACACACAGAGCACAGCAGUGUUUUAUCGGGCAGAAGACUCCCACAACUGAUAGACCUAGACCACAAGGCUGAAAACGAAGUUCUCUCUUCAAACAUCUCUUUUAUUAUGAACUUUGUUGUCGGGCCUUUCUUUCUGAGGCACAGAAAAAUGUGUCAGUAUGCUGACAUCAGGCCUGUGAGAAACUAGAAGAGUCAACAGCAUGAGAACAAGCAUUGGUGGAGAAAUACAGGAAUCAAGGACUGUAUGGUACAUGACACAUCAAGAACAGAGGGACUGAUACAUCAAGGACAGAGGAAUAGC